UUCUACAGUGGUGAUGCUUCGAAACGAAUGAUUCGCCGUUAUGUAAAGAGCUUCAAUGGUUUUGCUGCGUUUUUGACCGAUUACGAAGCGAAGACUUUAUCUGGUGUUGAUGGAGUUGUGUCUGUGUUCCUAAGUAAGGAGAGGCAGCUUCAUACAACGAGGUCAUGGGACUACAUGGGCAUGCCAACAAACGUGCAUCGUGCAGCUUUGGAGUCUGAUAUUAUCAUCGGCAUGUUUGACACCGGAAUUUGGCCGGAAAAUGAAAGCUUCCAGGAUUCAGGAUUUGGGCCACCGCCGAGCAAGUGGAAGGGUACCUGCCAAUCUGACAAUAAUUUCUCUUGUAACAAGUAAGCAAGCAUUCUGUAUACAGCUGGUGUUCUUGUAGAACUCGUGUUAGAUUAAUUUGCUAAAUCAAUGAGUUGACAUAAAUAAUUUUAUUUG